AUGCCCUGGACUAACAUCCCCCUCAACGACGGCACCGGCACAAGCAUUCCCAGUCUCGCGUUCGGGACAGCAGGACUUGAAGACCCCGCUGGAACCGUAGAACAAGCACUAAGUCUCGGUGUCAACCACAUUGACACCGCGCAAAUAUAUGGCAAUGAGAACGAGGCCGGAGUCGGCAUUCGCGAUAGCGCCCUCCCCCGUGACGAGCUAUAUGUCACCACCAAGUUCUCCGGUGGUGGCCCGGAGCUGAAGAGCAUCAAAGAGAGCUUCCAAGAUAGCCUCGAUAAGCUUGGGACGACAUAUAUUGAUCUCUACCUGAUUCAUUCCCCUCGUUGGGCACAACCCGACAUCCCCAGCGCAUGGAAGGAGCUCGAAGACAUUCGCGGCCGGCCUGGUCAAGACCUGACUAUCCUUCUCGCCAGCGCGAAGGUCAAGCCCGCUGUCAACCAGAUUCUCCUUCAUCCAUACGUCUUCGCGCAGCAAAAGCCCAUUCUCGAGUUCUCCAAGAAACAUGGCAUUGUUAUCGAGGCGUAUAGUCCACUCAUGUUUGUUGAUCUCACAUUCCUGCAUAUCACCCGCUUGAUGCAAUAUAGUCCCUUGCGUCGUAACCCUGGUGGUCCCCUGGACAAACCAGUCCAGGAGAUUGCUACACGUCUAGGUGUCACUCCCGAACAAGUUCUUUUAGCUUGGACCAAGGCAAAAGGUGCCGUAGUCAUUACGACCAGCACGAAGAAAGAGCGCGUCUUGGGGUAUCUUCAUGCUGGCGAUCUAGAACUCACUGAAGAAGAUAUUGCCGCCAUAGAUACUGCUGGAGCGCUUGGGCUCCCGCUGACCUUCUCUGGAGUCUCCGUUUCUCGUAGCCAUGCUCGUGCUCUGGCGUUGUUCUUCAUCUUCGGGCUUGUGCUCCUUGUGUUGAUCAAGCGCAUCAGCAUCUAA